AUGUCUCGCCUCCCACACUGCUAUCCCCACGACGAACCUCUCGAGACUCUUGCACCACUCCUAGUUGCUCACCUCCCCUCCUCACUCCCUCUCCUCCGAAGACUCCAAUUCAAACACUCCGCGCCUGAUGCCCGCGUUCUUUCCACCCUCUCACCCAACAAUCUCCGAACUGACCCCGCUCCAUUCACAGCAGCCUACAUAGAAAGAUCGCGCUUCCCAGAAACACAAUGCUGGCUCUUCAGCACCCACGAAACCUCCACUUCAUCUGCCCUCUCUUCCUCCACCACCACCGGCCCAAUCACAACCGAGAACGACAACAAUGAAGCCAAUCAUGCUCGCCUACAAAUCCUCGCCAUCCUCCGUACAAUCGCCCACCUUCCCUCGCCUAAGAACGACAACAAUAUCCUCAUCCUCGGCACCCUAAACGAAUCCCUCCUUUCAUUCUUCACCGGCCGCUCUCCACCAACCCUCAAGCAAACCCCCGUCGUCUCCCGCUUCACAGCCUCUGCCUCCCAACCUUCCUCCCAUCCAUCCGACACGAAUCUCCUCCACGGCUGCAGCAUCCCUUACACGAAAUACCUCCUCCCUCCACCAGCACCUUCAGCCCCCCGGACCCUCUUGCCAUCGUCCUACACCUUCAUCUCCCUCGAGCACACCUCAGAUUUCGACCUCGUGGUAGCGCGCAGCUCGAUCCCCCGCGAGGUGCCUACGCUCCGCCAGCUCGGCAACGUCGGUAUUCGCCGCCUCGACGAUUCUGGGGAUGGGGAGGGGGAAUUAGUAGCGUGGGGAUUCCUCAGCCCGGACGGCUCUCUGUCGUCAUUGCACGUCGAGGACGAGCAUAGAGGGAAGGGGCUCGCGAAAGGGGUUUGUCGGAGGUUGUUGGAGCGGCUUAGGGAGGGUUCGGGGGCCGUGGGGUUCGAGCCACUUUUACCUGGGGAUGAUGGCUCGAGUAGAGGGAAGGAGGCUUUUGCUGAAGGGACGGCUUUGGUAUAUGAAAAGAGGAGUGAAGAACCGCAGUCGUCGGUCAUGGAGGUGAAGAGGAGCCAGGCAGAUGGCUGGGCUCAUAGCGAUAUUGCAGAGGGAAACAUUGAGAGCGCUGGCGUUGCUAAGGCGGUCGGAGGGAGCGAGGGUUGGAGGAUUCAUUGGGUUGCGGUGGAUCUGGGAAGGGUGGAAGUGGUUGUAAGAGUGUUGGAAGACGGGGCGCUGGAGGGUGACGGCGCAGAUAGGGAGUGA